AUGGAUACGGACGGAACAGUGGUCAUAACAGGGUUUGGACCUUUCCGGCAGCACUUCGUGAAUCUGAGUUGGACAGCCGCCCAGAGCUUGCAGGUGGCUGGGCUGGGAAGGGGGGAGAGUGUUCACAUCAAGGAGUUACCAGUAAGCUACCUCAAGACCCAGCAGAUCAUUGCUGACCUUUGGCAAACUCUCCGCCCGAAGUUAAUUGUGCAUCUUGGAAUAGCGAGAGGGUCCAAAGCCGUCGUUCUGGAGCAGACGGGGAAGAACGGUGGCUACGCCGACAAAGACGUGAGCGGCGUUUGCCCUGAGAGCCGCUGCUGUGUCCAAGGAGGACCAGAAAAGCUGGACUCUCUCAUAAAUAUGAGGUCCCUCUCCAAGCAGUUCAAACACAUGGGGACAGAUGUCGUUUACUCCAGGGACGCCGGCGGGUACGUCUGUGACUUUGCUUAUUACUGCUCGCUGUACCACGGCGAGAGGAGAGCAGCCCUCGUCCAUCUCCCUGCAUCUGGCAGCAGGGCCUCAACAGACAGACUGGUGCCUCUGCUGCAGGCGCUCAUUCGGACCAUGCUCCAACAACUAGACGCAGCCCCAAACACUGCAUGA